UUCGUGAACUUAAAGCUGUCGCAGUUUUCUAACGUGCGGGUUCACAGACACAAACAACCGUCCUACACUCGUUGUUACCCGUGGACUCUUUAUUUUGUUUUUAUUACCACAAGACAUAAACCUCGUUGCACAGCGAUGGGACGCGAGUCGAGACACUACAGGAAGCGCUCGGCUUCUCGGGGCCGCUCGGGCAGCCGCUCGAAGAGUCGCUCCCCGGACAAACGCUCCAAGAAGGACGAUCGAGACCGGAACCGGAGGGAGCGCUCGCGCAGCCGGGACCGCCGCAGGUCCCGGUCCAGAGACAAAAAACGCGUCAGGCGCUCCAGGAGCCGAGAGAGGAGGAGGUCCAGGAGCCGAGAGAGGAGGAGGUCCGGCAGCAGGACCCGAGCUCGGCGGUCCCGUUCUGGAAGCCCCAGCAAGAGCAGGAGGCCCGAUGAAAAGUCGAGGAGCAAGGAGAAAGACAGCGUCGAUCCUUUAUCCGAAAAGAAAAAGAUCAAAGAGGAGAAGGAGGACGAGAAGGUUGAGGACCAAGACUUUGACCAGAACAAGCUGGAGGAGGAGAUGAGGAAGAGGAAGGAGCGCGUGGAGAAGUGGAGGGAGGAGCAGAGGAAGAAGGCCAUCGAGAACAUCGGAGAGAUCAAGAGGGAACUGGAGGACAUGAAGCAGGGCAAGAAGUGGAGCCUGGAGGAUGACGAGGACGAUGACGAGGACAACUCGGCCCCGAUGGAGGGAGACGACGACGACGACGACGAAGACGGGGAGGAGAAGGGCGAGAGCGAAGAGAAGGGCGAGAGCGAAGAGAAGGGCGAGAGCGAAGAGAAGGGCGAGAGCGAAGAGAAGGCGGUAAAGGAGGAGAAGAAAGAAGAAGAAGCGAAGGAAGGAGGAGAGAAUGAGGAGGAGGAAAAGGAAAAGGAGGCGAAGAAGAUUAAGAAGGAGAAAGAGGAGAAGGAGAAAGAGAAGGAGAGCGAGACCCCGAUGGAGCAGCAGCCCGAGGAGGAGGAGGACGACGUGGACCCUCUGGACGCCUACAUGGAGGAGGUGAAGCAGGAGGUGAAGAAGUUCAACAUGGGAGCCAUGAAGGGAAACGACAAGAGAGGAGCGAUAAUGAUGGGAACCAAGGUGAUGACGGUCGUCAAAACCAAGAAAGGACCAAACACUCACAAGAAGAAGGGCGAGCUGAUGGAGAACGACCAGGACGCCAUGGAGUACUCGUCUGAGGAGGAGGAGGUGGACCUCCAGACGGCGCUGACGGGCUUCCAGACCAAACAGAGGAAGGUUCUGGAGCCCGUGGACCACAAGAAGAUCCAGUAUGAGACGUACCGCCGAAACUUCUACGUGGAGGUGCCCGAGCUCGCCCGGAUGAGCCCGGAAGACGUGUACGCGUACCGGCUGGAGCUCGAAGGCAUCGCCGUCAAAGGGAAGGGCUGCCCCAAACCCAUCAAGACCUGGGUGCAGUGCGGCGUGUCCAUGAAGAUCCUCAGCGCCAUGAAGAGGCACGGCUACGACAAGCCCACCCCCAUCCAGGCCCAGGCCAUCCCGGCCAUCAUGUCGGGCCGAGACCUCAUCGGCAUCGCCAAGACCGGCAGCGGCAAGACCAUCGCCUUCCUGCUGCCCAUGUUCCGACACAUCAUGGACCAGAACCCGCUGGAGGAGUCCGAGGGGCCGAUCGCCGUCAUCAUGACUCCCACCAGAGAGCUGGCGCUGCAGAUCACCAAGGAGUGCAAGAAGUUCUCCAAGGCGCUGGGACUCCGGGUGGUGUGUGUGUACGGAGGCACGGGCAUCAGCGAACAGAUUGCUGAGCUGAAGAGAGGAGCCGAGAUCAUCGUGUGCACGCCCGGAAGAAUGAUCGACAUGCUGGGGGCCAACAGCGGUCGCGUCACCAACCUGCGCAGAGCCACCUACGUGGUGCUGGAUGAGGCCGACCGGAUGUUCGACAUGGGCUUCGAGCCUCAGGUGAUGCGCAUCGUGGACAACGUGCGCCCGGACCGCCAGACGGUGAUGUUCUCGGCCACCUUCCCCAGAGCCAUGGAGGCGCUGGCCCGCAGGAUCCUGGCCAAGCCCCUGGAGGUGCAGGUGGGGGGCCGCAGUGUGGUCUGCUCCGACGUGCAGCAGCACGUGCUGGUGAUCGAAGAGGACAAGAAGUUCCUGAAGCUGCUGGAGAUCCUGGGCCACUACCAGGAGAAGGGCUCGGUCAUCAUCUUUGUGGACAAGCAGGAGCACGCGGACAACCUGCUGAAGGACCUGAUGAAGGCCUCCUACCCCUGCAUGUCGCUUCACGGAGGAAUCGACCAGUACGACCGAGACAGCGUCAUCAACGACUUUAAGAACGGCGCGUGCCGCCUGAUGGUGGCUACGUCCGUGGCCGCCCGCGGGCUGGACGUCAAGCAGCUGAUCCUGGUGGUCAACUACAACUGCCCCAACCACUACGAGGACUACGUGCACCGGGCCGGCCGCACGGGCCGGGCGGGCAACAAGGGCUUCGCCUACACCUUCAUCACGGACGACCAGGUCCGCUACGCCGGUGACAUCAUCAAAGCUCUGGAGCUGUCCUGCUCCCCGGUGCCGCCCGAGCUGGAGAAGCUGUGGGCCACCUUCAAGGACCAGCAGAAAGCGGAGGGGAAGGUCAUUAAAAGCAGCAGCGGCUUCUCUGGAAAAGGCUUCAAGUUCGACGAGACGGAACACGCGAUGGCCAACGAGAGGAAGAAGCUGCAGAAAGCGGCUCUGGGGCUGCAGGACUCUGACGACGAGGACGGAGCGCUGGACAUCGAGGAGCAGAUCGAGAGCAUGUUCAACUCCAAGAAGCGCGUGAAGGACCUGUCCGCUCCCGGCUCGGGCGGCGGCUCGAGCCAAUCGGGGUCCUCGUCGUCCUUCUCCGGAGGGAUGUCCAGCAGCGGGCCGCCGUCCGCCGGGAACAUCCAGAAGCUGGAGAUGGCCAAGAGGCUGGCGCUCAAGAUCAACGCCCUGAAGAACCUGGGCGCCGAGGCUCAGGACGUGAUGCAGCAGGCCACCAACGCCAUCCUGCGCGGCGGCACCAUCAUGACGCCCUCGGUGUCGGCGAAGACCAUCGCGGAGCAGCUGGCGGAGAAGAUCAACGCCAAGCUGAACUACACGCCGGUGGAGAAGCUGGAGGAGGAGCGGCAGGCGGCCGAGCAGGCCGAGACCGUCAAGAGAUACGAGGAGGAGCUGGAGAUCAACGACUUCCCGCAGACGGCCAGGUGGAAGGUGACGUCUAAAGAAGCUCUGCAGAGGAUCGGCGAAUACUCCGAGGCCGCCAUCACCAUCAGAGGAACCUACUUUCCUCCAGGCAAAGAGCCCAAAGAGGGCGAGCGCAAGAUCUACCUGGCCAUCGAAAGCGCAAAUGAACUGGCCGUGCAGAAAGCCAAGACGGAGAUCACGCGGUUAAUCAAGGAGGAGCUCAUCAGAUUACAAAAUUCCUACCAGCCGACCAGCAAAGGCCGGUACAAGGUGCUGUAGAGGCGGAGCAGCGGCCAUCUCUCCAGCGCCAUCAAAGUGGUUGAGGAAUAUUUUAGUCUAUAUUUUUAAUAAUGUUCCAUUCAAUUACCUCAGUUUUGUUUAUAUUUGUCCCCCUUUUAGUUUCCUUUGUGCUUCUCUUGAGUUUAAACAGACUAUAAAUACCAAACUGUCUGAUGCAGCUGUGACCGGCGGGGUCACUGGACCAUCUCUCAUCUGCAUAUGUAUUUUUUUUUUUUUUCAUCCUUUUCAUUCUGGGUCACAUGUCACGCACGACCACAUAGUCUUUAUGAAGAAGUAGUCCGAUGGAAGAUGUUUUUACUUUUCCGCACAAUAAAACUGUUGCUAAAUAAAUAAAA